UUGGUUGGUAUGAUUUUCUAGAAAAAAAAUAUGUAUAGGAUCAUUAGUCAACUCUUUCUAAAUUAGCUAGCUAAUUAAUUUCAGCUUUAACCCCAAGCCACCUCUACCUUCACAAGUCACAUGACAUAUGCACAUAGCUUAUAGCUAGAACACUUUCUAAUACCUUAAAACUUCAAAUUAAAAAGUCCAUUCAAAUUUUCAACUCUAGCUUUUUUUUUUUUUAAUUUUUUUCACUUCUUUAGAACUCUCUAGAGUUAGACUCCUUUGAAUUUUAUUUUUACAUCUUAAACUCUCCCUCUCUUUUUAUACCCCCUUAUUCCUUACGCUCCUCUCAACACAAUAUUAUUACACCAUAACUUGGCUUCUUUAUUUCUCUCUUACUUACAUCCCAAGCUCUCAACUUAAGCCAACAUCACCUCAAAUGGGCACCCUAAUCGGGCAUGUCUUACCGGGUUUCGGGUUCUUCGCCAUUGGAUUAUGGCACCUCUUUAACAACCUUAGGCUACUAGCUCUUAAAGGACCUUAUAAAUAUAAGUCCCUUCCAUGGUUCCCUUCCAACUUCCGUCAUGUACGACACCUCGAACUCUACUUGAUCAUGAUAGGUUGCUUCUCUUCCGUCGCUAUGGAGCUCUUCAUCGGGCCUAACCGCCAUCAACCCUUCGACACUGAUGGGACUAUCCCUUCGAACCACCUUCACAACUUCGAACACUCGUCUAUUUCUCUCACUUUCUUUGUCUAUGCUUUUUUUGCCCUCGCCCUAGACAAGUGGGGCGGCCCUAGUCUCCCUGCCCAGCACGAAGUCCUUCAGUUCCUAGCUGCCCUCGCAUUUGGGCAACAACUACUCCUCUUUCAUCUCCACUCCGCUGAUCACAUGGGCGUCGAAGGCCAGUACCAUUGGCUCCUUCAGUUAGUCAUCUUCAUUUCUUUGUCCACCACUAUCCUUGGCAUCGCGUACCAAGAGAGUUUUGUGAUUGCGUUCACAAGGUCCCUUAGCAUACUCUACCAAGGAGUGUGGCUAAUGGUGAUGGGGUUCGCUUUGUGGACCCCGAGUUUGAUUUCAAAAGGGUGUUUCAUGCAUAUAGAAGAAGGCCAUCAAGUGGUAAGGUGUGAUGGAAAGGAGUCCCUUCAUCGAGCUAAGGCGCUCGUAAACAUUCAGUUUAGUUGGUUCUUGAUAUUGUUGGCGGUCUUUGCGGCGUCGUUUUAUGUCUUUAUGAUGAAGAUUUAUGGGGAUAAUAUGGAGUAUAGUCCUAUGGCUUUGUCCGAUCAAGAGGAAGAAGAUGUUGAAGCGCAGAAGAUUGGUGGAAAUUUCACUGAAACGCAUAGUUUUGUAAGUGGGACCGGAAAUAGUAAUAAUAAGGCUAUUGAUCAUAUGGAAAUGUAGAUGGGUAACAUCUCCGCCAGUUCUAAUUUAGCUGUCAUAUUACUCAAUUAAGUAUGUACAAAAGAAAUAAUGAAAUUCUUUUGUGUGUAAAUAGUGUUUAGGAAGGUUACUAGUGAUUGAUGGUGAAUAUUAUUGUGUAUAAUUUUCGAUUUUCUUCAUUAUUCUUCUCAAGUUUACACUUGAAUUACUUUAAGUUGGGUCCCAAAAUGUGAUUAGUGAUGAUACUUUUUGGAUGUUAGACUGAUAUAAUGGAAGAUUAUUGAUAGGCUAAACAUAAAAGGAAGUUUCGUAAAGUUUGCUGAGGGAAGAAAUCAAGAAUUACAAGGACGCUUUGUCAUCUA